CGCUUCGGCCGCACUGUAAACCGAGGUGGGCCUCGGGCGCCACGUCCUGGGCGUUCAGAAACGUUUGCAAGCAUGUCCCGGAUCGAAAAGAUGAGCAUUAUGGGCGUGCGAAGUUUUGGAAUAGAGGAUAAAGAUAAGCAAAUUAUCACAUUCUUCAGCCCCCUCACAAUUUUGGUUGGACCCAAUGGGGCAGGGAAGACGACCAUCAUUGAAUGUCUAAAAUACAUUUGUACUGGAGAUUUCCCUCCUGGAACCAAAGGAAAUACAUUUGUUCAUGAUCCAAAGAGGUUAAACCUGCAUGGGGAAAAAGUCAGCCUCAGCUCUAAGUGUGCAGAAAUCGACCGCGAGAUGAUAAGUUCACUUGGGGUUUCCAAGUCUGUGCUAAAUAAUGUCAUCUUCUGUCACCAAGAAGACUCUAACUGGCCUUUAAGUGAAGGAAAGGCUCUGAAGCAAAAGUUUGAUGAGAUUUUUUCAGCAACAAGGUAUAUUAAAGCCUUGGAUACACUUCGGCAGGUACGUCAGACACAAGGUCAUAAAGUAAAAGAAUGCCAAACAGAAUUAAAAUAUCUGAAGCAAAAUAAAGAAAAAGUGUGUGAAAUUCGAGAUCAGAUUACUAGCAAGGAAGCCCAGUUAACAUCUUCAAGGGAAAUCAUCAAAUCCUAUGAGAACGAACUGAAUCCACUGAAGAAUCGUCUAAAAGAAAUUGAACAAAAUCUCAAUAAAAUAAUGAGACUUGACAAUGAAAUUAAAGCCUUGGAUAGCAGAAAGAAGCAAAUGGAGAAAGAUAAUAGUGAACUGGAACAGAAAAUGGAAAAGGUUUUUCAAGGAACUGAUGACCAGCUAAAUGACUUGUAUCACAAUCACCAGAGGACAGUAAGAGAAAAAGAAAGGAGAUUGGUAGACUGUCAGCGCGAACUGGAAAAAUUAAAUAAAGAAUCAAGGCUGCUCAAUCAAGAAAGAUCAGAACUACUUGUUGAACAGGGUCGUCUACAGCUACAAGCAGAUCGCCAUCAAGAACAGAUCCGAGCUAGAGAUUCACUAAUCCAGUCCUUGGCAACACAGCUAGAAAUGGAAGGCUUUGAGCGGGGACCAUUUAAUGAGAGACAGAUUAAAAAUUUUCACAAACUUGUGAAGGAAAGACAAGAAAAGGAAGAAGAAACUGUCAACAAAUUGAUAAAUGACUUUACAGAAAAAGAGGCUCUGAAACAAAAGCAGAUAGAUGGGAUAAGGGAUAAGAAAACUGGCCUGGGAAGAAUAAUGGAGCUCAAAUCAGAAAUCCUAAGUAAGAAGCAAAAUGAGUUGAAAAAUGUGAAAUAUGAGCUACAGCAGUUGGAAGGAUCUUCAGACAGGAUUCUUGAAUUGGACCAGGAGCUCAAAAAAGCUGAACGUGAGCUAAGCAAGGCUGAGAAAAACAGCAAUGUAGAAACUCUAAAAACAGAAGUGAUAAGCCUUCAAAACGAGAAAGCAGACCUAGACAGGACUCUGCGGAAACUGGACCAGGAGAUGGAGCAGUUAAACCAUCAUACCACUACACGCACCCAGAUGGAGAUGCUGACCAGAGACAAAGCUGACAAAGAUGAACAAAUCAGAAAAAUAAAAUCAAGGCACGGUGAUGAAUUAACUUCAUUGCUGGGUUAUUUUCCCAACAAAAAGCAGCUUGAAGACUGGCUUCAUAGUAAAUCUAAAGAAAUUAAUCAGACCAGAGACAGACUUGCCAAAUUAAACAAAGAACUGGCUUCAGCUGAACAAAAUAAAAAUCAUAUAAAUAAUGAGCUAAGGAAAAAGGAUGAACAAUUAACCACUUUUGAAGAUAAGCUGUUUGAUGUUUGUGGUAGCCAGGAUUUUGAAAGUGAUUUAGACAGGCUUAAAGAGGAUAUUGAAAAAUCAUCAAAACAGCGAGCCAUGUUAGCUGGAGCCACGGCAGUUUACUCCCAGUUCAUUACUCAGCUAGCAGAUGAAAACCAGUCCUGUUGCCCUGUCUGUCAGAGAGUUUUUCAGACAGAGGCGGAAUUACAAGAGGUCAUCAGUGAUUUGCAAUCUAAGCUUCGACUUGCUCCUGAUAAGCUUAAAUCAACAGAAUUAGACCUGAAGAAAAAAGAGAAGCGGCGGGAUGAGAUGCUGGGACUUGUGCCUACCAGACAAAGCAUAGUGGAUUUGAAGGAGAAGGAAAUACCAGAACUGAGAAACAAACUGCAAAAUGUCAACAGAGACAUACAGCGCCUGAAGAAUGAAGUAGAAGAGCAGGAAACACUCUUGGGCACAGUGAUGCCGGAAGAGGAAAGGGCUCAAGUGUGCCUGACAGAUGUGACAAUUAUGGAGAGGUUGCAGAUGGAGCUUAAAGAUGUUGAGAGAAGGAUUGCACAACAAGCAGCGAAGCUACAAGGAAUAGACUUAGACCGAACUGUUCAACAAGUAAACCAGGAAAAGCAAGAAAGGCAACACAAAGUAGACACAGUUUCCAGUAAAAUUGAAUUGAAUCGUAAACUUAUUCAAGACCAGCAGGAACAGAUUCAACACCUCAAAAGUACAGCAAAUGAACUGAAAUCAGAGAAACUUCAGAUAUCCACCAACCUACAGCGUCGCCAGCAGCUGGAGGAGCAGACUGUGGAAUUAUCCACUGAAGUUCAGUCCUUACACAGAGAGAUAAAAGAUGCUAAAGAGCAAGUAAGCCCUUUGGAAACAACAUUGGAAAAGUUUCAACAGGAAAAAGAAGAAUUAAUCCACAAAAAACACACAAACAGCAAAAUUGCACAGGAUAAACUGAAUGAUAUCAAAGAAAAGGUUAGAAAUAUCCAUGGCUUUGUGAAAGACAUUGAGAAUUACAUUCAAGAUGGAAAAGAAGACUACAAAAAGCAAAAAGAAAUGGAGCUUAAUAAUGUAAUAACUCAACUAAGUGAAUGUGAGAAACACAAAGAACAGAUAAGUAAAGAAAUGGGAGACAUGAGACAAGAUAUUGAUACACAGAAGAUUCAAGAAAGAUGGCUGCAGGAUAACCUUACUUUAAGAAAAAGAAACGAGGAACUAAAAGAAGUUGAGGAGGAAAGAAGACAGCAUCUGAAGGAAAUGGGACAAAUGCAAGUUUUGCAAAUGAAAAAUGACCAUCAGAAGUUAGAAGAAAAAAUAGAAAGUAUUAAGAGAAAUCUUGGUGUGGCAUUAGGGCGACAGAAUGGUUAUGAAGCAGAAAUUAUCAGUUUAAAGAAAGAGCUACGAGGCCCUCUGUUUCUGGACGCUGAGGAAAAGUACAGGGAAAUGAUGAUUGUGAUGAGAACCACAGAGCUUGCAAACAAGGAUCUGGACAUUUACUAUAAGACCUUGGACCAAGCAAUAAUGAAAUUCCACAGUAUGAAAAUGGAAGAAAUCAAUAAAAUUAUUCGGGAACUUUGGCGAAAUACUUACCGCGGACAAGAUAUUGAAUAUAUAGAGAUUCGGUCUGAUGCUGAUGAAAACGUAUCGGCUUCUGAUAAAAGGCGGAAUUACAACUACCGAGUGGUGAUGCUGAAGGGAGACACAGCCUUGGAUAUGCGAGGCCGCUGCAGUGCUGGACAAAAGGUCUUGGCCUCGCUCAUCAUCCGUCUGGCUCUGGCUGAGACAUUCUGCCUGAACUGUGGCAUCCUUGCCUUGGACGAGCCGACCACAAAUCUGGACCGAGAAAACAUCGAGUCUCUUGCGCAUGCUCUUGUUGAGAUAAUAAAAAACCGCUCCCAGCAGCGAAAUUUCCAGCUUCUUGUAAUUACCCAUGAUGAAGAUUUUGUGGAGCUUUUAGGGCGUUCUGAAUACGUGGAGAAAUUCUACAGGAUUAAGAAGAACAUGGAUCAGUGCUCAGAAAUUGUGAAAUGCAAUGUUAACUCCCUGGGAUCGUAUGUUCAUUAAAAAUAUUCAAAAUUUGAAUGCCAUGGAAACACAGGUCCUCAAGUAACUGCUUAUUUCUGGUGUCAACAAAGUGAAAAUAAAAUAUAUUCUUAAAAGGGCUCUUUGUAUCUUAACAUUUUGAAUUUUCAAGAGUUUCUAAAAUUAUUAAAGUUGCUUCACAUGAAA